AUGCUGCUGCAGCCUGUCUGGACCUUCAUGCUGGGACAUGCGUCCCUGCUGCACUCGCCUGUGUUCCCCGUGUUCUUCUCUCUCUGCGUCUACCUGUCCUGCUGCCUCCCCUUCCUGCUGCUGGACGCGCUGGCCUGCAGGUGGGCCCUGGUGCGCAGGUACAAGCUGCAGCCCCAGAGCUCCACCAGCUGGGCCUCAGCGUGGAGCUGCCUGGCUCUGACGCUCCACAACCACCUGGUCUUCAUCUUCCCUCUGACGGUGGUUCACUGGUACCUGAGACCGGUCCACCUGCCGCAGGACGCCCCCCCCCUGCCUCACCUGCUGGCCCAGGUGCUGGUCUGCCUGCUGCUGUUUGACUUCCAGAGCUUCGUGUGGCACCUGCUGCACCACAGGAUCCCCUGGCUCUACCGCACCUUCCACAAGGUGCACCACACCUACACCUCCACCUCCGCCCUCACCACUGAGUACUCGGGGGCCUGGGAGACUCUGAGUCUGGGCUUCUUCGCCGCCGUGAGCCCGGUGCUGCUCGGCUGCCACCCGCUCACCGAGCUCGUCUUCUUCAUGGUGAACAUCUGGCUGUCGGUGGAGGAUCACUGCGGCUACGACCUCCCCUGCUCCACCCACCGCCUCGUCCCCUUCGGACUGUACGGAGGCGCCCGACACCACGACCUGCACCACCUCAAGUCCAAAUGCAACUUUGCCCCCUACUUCACCCACUGGGACCGGCUGGCCGGGACGCUGGUCACUCAGGACUGAACAGGUGGAGUUAAUGAGCUGAUGGAGUUAAUGCACUGAUGGAGGAGUUAAUCAGCUGAUGGAGUUAAUGCACUGAUGGAGUUAAUGACUGAUGGAGUUAAUCAGCUGAUGGAGU